AUGGAGCUAGGAAAAAUUCUCAGUGGAAAAAUUAAAUUUUGUCGUGAAAGUCGGAGAAAAUCUGAGAGAGUUAGAAACGGUAAAGGAAGCAACAAUAUCUCUUGGGAUAAUGUUUUUGUUUCUCCAUAUUCAAAUUCAAACUCUAACGGUAGCAAUCACGAUCAUCCCGCCACACUCAUUCGUAAGUCCCCGGGAGAAACUCAAAUCCCGAUGAAGGAAAUCUCGAUCCACGACGACGACGGUCCACAUCACCUGAAGAUUCUCACACCACAUCCUCUGCUCCCGAAACUCGAACCGCCACGUGGCCGUCUUGUCUCCUUAGAAGAGCUGUUGCCUCCCCCGGUGAAAUUCACCGCCGAUUUGAUGAGAUUCGUACGACAAAGCGGAGACGCGAUUUCGAAACGCCUCUCGGUUUGUGACGACGCCGUUGCCAGAUCCGACGUGACCGAGUUCAAUAUCUCCGGAGUCAAAGUCGUGGUGAAGCUGAAAAGCGAAGAAGAGAUCAGAGGUCGUGUAACAUUCUUCUCGAGAUCUAACUGCCGAGACUCCACCGCCGUCCGGUUGUUUUUCCGGGAACGAGGCUUCGAUUACUCGGAGAUCAACAUCGACGUUUAUACAGAGAGAGAGAAAGAGCUGAUCGAGAGAACAGGGAACUCUCAAGUUCCUCAGAUCUUCUUCAACGAGAAACACUUGGGAGGAUUCGUUGCGUUGAAUUCACUGAGAAACAGUGGGGAGUUCGAUCAGAGGAUCAAGGAGUUUUUGACUGAGAAAUGUCCCGCCGAUGCGCCGUUGCCGGUCAUGUACGGGUUCGACGAAGAGAGUAAUAAGGACGUUGUUGGUGAUGAGAUGAUGUGUUUCGUCAGGGUUUUGAGACAGAAGCUACCGAUUAAAGACCGUUUGAUGAAGAUGAAGAUCGUUAAGAACUGUUUCUCCGGCGGUGAGAUGAUCGAGAUACUCAUUCAUCACUUGGCUUGUCCGAGGAUCAAGGCCAUCGAGAUUGGCAAGAGGCUAGCCAAGAAACACUUUAUCCACCAUGUCUUUGGAGAAAACGAGUUUGAAGAUGGCAAUCAUUACUAUCGUUUCCUUGAGCACGAGCCAUUUAUUUCAAAAUGCUACAAUUUUAGAGGUUCCACCAACGACAUGGAGCCCCAAAGUGCAGCCGUGGUUGGGCAGAGGCUUUUCAAAAUCAUGAUUGCUAUUCUUGAGUCUUAUUCUUCCAAUGACCAUACUAGUGUUGACUACAUGAGAAUUAGCCAGAGCGAAGAAUUCAGAAGGUACUUAAAUAUGGCUCAAGACCUUCACCGUUUGAAUCUUGUGGAACUCUCAAAGGAAGAGAAGUUAGCAUUUUUCUUGAACUUGUACAACGCAAUGGUGAUCCAUGCCUUGAUUAGAAUCGGACUUCCCGAGGGAAUGAUCGCAAGAAGGUCAUUCUUUACAGAUUUUCAGUACGUUGUAGGAGGCUACUCUUAUUCCCUUAGCUCCAUCCGGAAUGACAUCCUUCGAGGCGGUCACAGACUUUCUAAUCCAUUUAUAUCCAUGAUAAACGGCAAUACACACCAUGAGCUUGGUCUUCAAAAACUGAAUCCAUUAGUACAUUUUGGGCUCUGCGAUGGGACCAAAUCAAGUCCAGUGGUGAGGUUUUUCACACCGCAAGGAGUUGAAGCUGAGCUCAAACGAGCAGCUAGAGAGUUUUUUCAAAAUGGUGGAAUUGAGAUUGCCUUGGACAAGAGGACCAUACAUCUAUCAAGAAUCAUGAAGUGGUACAAAGAGGAUUUUACUGAAGAUAAGAAAAUGUUCAAGUGGAUAAUGAGUUAUAUAGAUGCAAACAAAGCAGGUCUUUUAACCCAUCUUCUUGGUGAUGGAGGAGGUUCUGUUAACAUUGUUUACCAAGACUAUGACUGGUCUAUUAACAAUUGAAAUUAAACUUUUGAUCUAUAUUAACUACUCAUUUAAUUA